UACUUUAUAAAGGAUGACUGGACGGUUUCGAAAAGGCUGGCCUUCUAUAUAAACCUUGAAACUGCAUUCGCAGAUGAGCGUGGCAGUACUAGUGGUAGCAAUAGUUCACAGUUCCUUUCGGUUGACUGACGGUUCGUUAAGGUGUCCUGUGACCUUUCUUAAGAUGCUCGGCUCUUUGAUUCUUAUUAUUAUCGUUGUUGUUGCCAGUGAGUCGUCGGGUGCUGCUGUCGGUGACUGCUGGAAUCGUGGACCAGGUGGCAAUGGCAACCGCGGACAAAGUUCCAAUGGAUUCCGCGGACAGGGAGGCAACGGAUUUCGUGGUCCGGGUGGUAAUGGAUUCCGCGGGCAAGGUGGUAACGGACCGUACCGUGGGCCAACCAACGGCGGAUACUCGGGAAACUUUGGCGGAUAUAGAGGAUGCAGAAAUAAUGGCGGAUUCCAGUCGUCUGGUCCCGUCAUCGUCGGCACUCCUAUCGCUGGAUACCCUGCUUCCGGCGCCACCGCUGCUGGCUACCCCGCCCCCGCGGCCCCCUCCAAUGACUACCCCGCCUACCCUGACUACGGUACAGGCACCGCCAGUGCACCAAAUGCCCCCACUGCGGUCCAGACGCCCCAGGGAGUGUGGAUCGGCAGCUCCUCCCAAAGCGGCACCCCUAAUACACCCCCCGCUGUCACGGCCUUCUCCGCCCUGCCAUCGGCAGCCCGGAACGCCAACUAUCCGGCUGCUGCAGCCCGUUCGGCAGCGAAUCAACAGCGUGGAUCACCGAGUCGGCUGGCCGCGCAGGGGCUGCUGCAAAGCGCUGCCGGGGGUCAAUCACCCAUUCAACUGCAAUGAUGAAGUAAAUCUGUCGACUACUCGUAGACUUACUGUAGAUUGACUUGUCAUAGACAACCGGAGCGUACAAGGAUUGUAUAGCCGCAUUACCCCGUGAAAUCAGUAAUCUCUAUUUUGUACAGCAGCAGAUUUUGCGUCAUUGGCGCCGGUGGUAUAGCGUUUUAGCAGUCUUCUUGGUACCGGAAUUUUCAACGCAGCGACAACCGGCUGCCGUUGUUACUUAUCUUUAUAAUUAGGUACUUAUUUGCAUAAGCAGCGCGAUCUCAGUUGGACCUAAAGUUUUCUUUAUUGAGUGCCUAAUCGAGCGUCCAUGGUAGUGCGCCCAUUUCCCGCGUAUAUAU